GGCGCGCGCGGGAGCGGCGGCGAGCUGCGAUUGGGCGGCUGCGGGCGGCACGUGCUGCCGCGAGGCCGCGUCCGGUCGCCGCGGUGCCGCCGGAGCCGUUGCCGCCGUUGCCGUCGGGGCGAGCGGUCGGUGCGAGAGAGAGAGAGCGGGAGUGCGGGGCUGGCGGAGCCGGCAGCAGCCCUGCCUGCGGACGCGGACACGGCGCCAUGUGCGGGAUCAGCUGCGGGCCCUGCUGCGGACGGGCUCGGAGCUUCCCCUUUCGGAACCUGUGUGUUUGGAGAUGUUGGAGAAGACCAAGGAAGAGGACACCCAGGAGGAAGAGACAUGAGGAAGAUGUGGAGUCUCUGCACAGCCUUGAGGAGACUAUGCCCAAGGCAACCAAGGAAGAUGUGGAGACUCCAGUGCGCGUUGUGGAGACUGUAAGCAAGAGCAGAGAGGAAGAUGCAGAGACUCCAGCGUGCAUUGAGGAGAGUCCAGAGCACAUUGACCAGAUUGUAAGCAAGACAAGAGAGGAAGAUGCGGAGAUUACAAGCAAGGUAUCAGACGAAGACGCAGAGACUCCAGAGCCUAUUGAGAACAGUCUAAGCAAGGCAACAGAGGAAGACACCAAGACUGCAGAGUGCAUAGAGGAGACUCCAAGCAAGCCAGCUGAAGAAGACAUGGAGACUCCACAGAGCCUGGAAGAGAAUAGCACAACUGAGGAUGGAGCUGAAGACGCACAAGAAGGAGCUGUUGACUGUGACACCCUGAGAAGAGCGCAGAUCCAGCAGACUGAGGGUGAAGGAGCAAGAUGGCUCGGGGUAAGUGAAGCUGGUGUGGUGGCCAAGUCCCCAGCUGAUUAAAGUGUCCUCACUUCAUUGCAAUCAGUGCAGCUGUGGCAGUUUGAGCCAGAGGGUCAGGAGGUGGGUAGAACUUUC